AGGAGGCGGGGCGGGGCGCGGAGGCUGCGCGCGGGGACGCGGCGGCGGGGAGGGACAGAUCUGAAAUUAUUUUUUAUUUCUUUGUUUCCUAGUCGUGGGGGGAGGGGUGAGAAAACCCCCCCAUAAAAGCGGAGGGCGAAUUGGAAAGCCCGGAGGGGGAAGGACGAGGACCAGGCCGCCCUUCGCCCUCGGCGUGGAGGGCUCGGAUGUGGCGGCCGCGGUGGUGACCCGGGCGGGGCAGGCGGCAUUGGCGGCGGGGGGUAGCAGCAGCAGCAGCAGCAGCCGACGCCGCCGGGCCAGGCCGGGUUGGGUCACGCCGUCGGGAGGAUGAAGCGGCGGAGCGCCGACUGCAGCAAGCUCCGGCGGCCGCUCAAGCGGAACCGCAUCGCGGAGGGCAUCUACGGCAGUACUUUUCUGUACCUGAAAUUCCUGGUAGUGUGGGCUCUUGUGCUGCUGGCCGAUUUUGUUUUGGAAUUCAGAUUUGAAUAUCUGUGGCCAUUCUGGCUUUUCAUCAGGAGUGUUUAUGAUUCCUUCAGAUACCAGGGAUUGGCCUUUUCAGUAUUUUUUGUUUGCGUAGCAUUCACAUCAAAUAUCAUAUGUCUGCUCUUCAUACCAAUACAGUGGCUGUUUUUUGCUGCUAGUACAUAUGUUUGGGUACAGUAUGUCUGGCACACAGAGAGAGGAGUGUGUUUACCAACAGUAUCGCUGUGGAUACUAUUCGUUUAUAUUGAAGCAGCAAUUAGAUUUAAAGAUCUCAAAAACUUUCAUGUAGAUCUUUGUCGACCUUUUGCUGCACACUGUAUUGGCUACCCUGUUGUGACUUUGGGCUUUGGUUUCAAAAGUUAUGUCAGCUAUAAAAUGCGGCUACGAAAACAAAAGGAGGUGCAGAAAGAAAAUGAAUUUUACAUGCAACUUCUUCAGCAAGCCUUACCCCCAGAGCAGCAGAUGCUACAAAGGCAAGAGAGAGAAGCCGAAGAAGCUGCCAAAGGAUUGUCUGAUAUGGAUUCCUCAAUACUUCUGCAGCACAAUGGAGGUAUUCCAGCCAAUAAAAAGUUGUCUACAACAUUACCAGAACUAGAAUAUAGAGAAAAGGGGAAAGAAAAGGACAAGGAUGCCAAAAAACACAACCUUGGAAUAAAUAACAAUAUUUUGCAACCUGUAGACUCUAAAAUCCAGGAAAUUGAAUAUAUGGAGAACCAUAUCAAUAGUAAAAGAUUAAAUAAUGAUCUUGUGGGAAGUACAGAAAACCUCUUAAAAGAGGACUCAUGCACUGCCUCAUCCAAAAAUUACAAAAAUGCUAGCGGAGUUGUGAACUCCUCGCCUCGCAGCCACAGUGCAGCUAACGGGAGCAUCCCUUCCUCAUCUGCUAAGAAUGAGAAAAAACAGAAGUGCCCCAGCAAGAGCCCAAGCACACACAAAGACUUAAUGGAAAAUUGUAUUCCCAAUAAUCAGCUAAGCAAACCAGAUGCACUGGUAAGGUUGGAACAAGAUAUCAAGAAGUUAAAGGCUGACCUGCAGGCAAGCAGGCAGAUUGAACAAGAGCUGCGAAGUCAGAUCGGGUCUCUGACCAGCACAGAGCGGGGGAUUCGGUCUGAAAUUGGACAGCUUCGCCAGGAAAAUGAGCUGCUUCAGAAUAAGCUACAUAAUGCUGUACAAAUGAAACAAAAAGACAAGCAGACCAUCUGCCAAUUGGAGAAAAAGCUAAAAGCAGAGCAAGAGGCACGGACCUUUGUAGAAAAGCAACUCAUGGAAGAAAAAAAAAGGAAGAAGCUGGAAGAAGCAACUGCUGCACGGGCUGUUGCAUUUGCUGCUGCUACCAGGGGAGAAUGCACUGAAACGCUACGAAAUCGCAUCAGAGACUUGGAGACGGAGUGCAAGAAGUUAACAAUUGACAUAAAGCUGAAAGAAGAUCAGAUACGAGAUCUAGAAAUGAAAGUGCAGGAGCUGCGGAAAUACAAAGAGAAUGAAAAGGAUACAGAAGUGCUAAUGUCGGCACUUUCAGCCAUGCAGGAUAAGACACAGCACUUAGAAAACAGCUUGAGUGCGGAGACGAGGAUCAAGUUGGACCUGUUCUCUGCAUUAGGAGAUGCAAAAAGACAGCUUGAGAUCGCCCAGGGGCAAAUAAUUCAAAAAGAUCAGGAAAUCAAGGACCUAAAACAGAAGAUAGCAGAAGUUAUGGCAGUAAUGCCCAGCAUAACGUACACUGCAGCCACCAGCACGCUGAGUCCUGUUUCCCCACAUUAUUCUUCCAAAUUUGUGGAGACCAGCCCUUCUGGACUUGACCCCAAUGCCUCAGUUUAUCAGCCCCUGAAGAAGUAAAUGCCAAUAUUCAAUUUGUCACACGGAAGGCGUCACACAGAAAAAUAUCUUGCAGUCAAGAUGAAAUUCGUAUUGUGUUGAGACUGUACUGAUUUAUUGUUUAAAAAAAAUAAAUAAAAAGAGGGAAAUGGGGGGGGAAGAACCCCAACAUCAAGGUUUGGCUAGAACUGCCCAUCAGUUUUCUUGUAAAUUUUUAGAAAACCUCACAGAACUUUACGAUUUUUUUCUUGGCCAACGCAUUAAGGGAAAAAAGAAACCCACAACUCUUGGUUUUGACAUAGCAAAUUCUGCCUCUGUUUUUAAUAUAUACUCUUGCAAGGUUUCCUCUUGAAAAGACAAAAAGAUAGAGCUUUGCUUGACUAAACCCUUUCCUUCUGGUUUUGUUUUUUAACAGAAUGAAGCCAAAAUGGCAAAUUAACAGUUGCCAGGAAUAAAUGAUACAAAAUCUUUAAGUUUAAGGUGAGAGGGUUUAAAUAGUCAAACAAAGCUUUGAUAAUGUCAGAUGGUGGGGAGAAAACUUAUGUGCAAAAAUCAAUUUGCUUAACCCCAGUAAGGACCAAACAUUUAAGGGGGUAUCUGUUUUAGGGGAAGAAAUAAACAACCCAGGAUGAAUGAAUAAUGUGACAGUGAUGGUUGUGUGAAGUAUUUAGAUUCCCAUUGAUGUAUUUCGUCACUUGAGGAUUGCAAACAGUCUUGUUCAACAGUGCCUUGUGGCGGGGGGGCAUGACAUUUCAAGAGGAAACUUGAUCGUUUAAACCAUUUUCUCCCCCCUUUCACCAUUAACUAGCUUAAAACUCCAAGCUGAUUUCAUAGAGUCUACUGCAAAUUGUACAUGGUGAUUUGGACGCCCAAUGCAAUCCAAGGUUACAUCUUCCUUUGUGUUUGGUUUUUCCGUAUGAAAUCUGACAGUGUUCACUUGAUUAGGAUAUGUUGUAGGGGGCUCAGUCGUAGUAGUAGAGGAAGCAUUCUGGUAAAGGCGGAACUGUGCAAUGUAUUGAAUACAAAAGGCUGUCAAGCUGGCUCAUAAAAGCAGCAGUUCUGGGUUUUCUUUUGUUUUUUUUUAAAGUCAACUGCAAUUAUGCUUUACAUCAUUUUGUGUUUGACAGUUUAAUUUCAGUGGGGCUGACUAAAUCUCAGCAGUUGUGCCAAGGAGUUUUAAAAAAGAGUUUUAAAAAAAAGAAACUCGUAAAAUUGCACAAAGAUUUAAGUUUAAAUGUAUAUUGUGCAUUGGUAGGAAAGUGUGUUGCACUGGCGACUUUUGAAGUGUUUAAAGGUUUGGGUGUGGGUGGGAAGGGGAUGUGGGGCAAAGAGACAAAAUUGUAUUAGUAACUAGCAAAAUUAUAAACUCAAACCAUUAUGAUUUUGCAAACAUGCAGUGGACUCUGGAAGGACAAAGUUCUUCUUUAAAAAACAUUUUUUAAGAUUUCAUAUGGAUUGGCAGGUAUGCCUCAUUUAAAAAAAAUUAAGUAGGACAAGCAAGUCAAUAAACAUAGGAGUAUUAAAGUUCCAUCAUUUUAAUCAGAGAUUUUUUUUUUUAUUUAUUUUUUUUGGAGAUAAAAACCUCUAGCUUUAGCCAGGUGUGCAUGUUGCUGUCAUUUUGCAUUUUUGAAUCAUCUUGUGUAAUUGUCACCAUGAAAGUGUUACUCAAAUGUCAUAGGUUUUCAUCUUUGUGCAAAACAUGGAAUAUUGUCACUGACUUUUUUUGUGUUGAGGUUCCCCCAUUUUUUUCUUUUUAAUUUUUUCUUUUUCUUUUGGCUGCCUUUUGGGCACUACUUUUGUUGAAAUACUCGGUCUUGGCUGCAUUCUUUUUUUUUUUUCUGUGGGGUUUACAAAAAAUAAACAUUUUCUUGCAGAUAAA